GAUUUAAAUUAAAGAAUGACUAAAAGCAUAUAUGAUUUCUGAUAUUUACUUUUGUUAACACUGUUUUAGAGAGGUCUGGAUCAAAGUACUUUUUUGUAGGAUGUAGUUUAUGGUCCUUUGUUUGUUCAUAUAUACAGUAUAUUUCUGAAUUUGUUUAUAUUUACAUAUAUGGUUAAACAAGCUAUACAAAAGUGAUUGUCAUAAGCUGAUUUAUUCAAGCACAUUGUUUUAGCCUCAGUUGGCAAUGGAGUACACACAUACAGUGCUGUGAAAAAGUAUUUGCCCCCUUCCUGGUUUCUUAUUUUUUUGCAUAUUUGUCACACUUAAAUGUUUCAGAUCAUCAAACAAAUUUUAAUAUUAGACAAAGAUAGCCCAAGUAAAUACAAAAUGCAGUUUUUAAAUGAUGAUUUCAUUUAUUAAGAGAAAAAAGCUAUCCAAACCUACCUGGCCCUAUGUGAAAAAGUAAUUGCCCCCCCUUGAUAAAUCAUGAAUGAACUGUGAUUAACCCAAUUUUUUGGAAAGCUGAGUUCAAUUUCACUUGCCACACCCAGGCCUGAUUACUGCCUAACCUGUUUAAUCAAGAAAUCACUUAAAUAUAACUUGUCUGACAAAGUGAAGUAGGCUAAAAGAUCUCAAAAAGCAACACAUCAUGCCGCGAUCUAAAGAAAUUCAAAAACAGAUGAGAAACAAAGUAAUUGACAUGUAUCAGUCUGGAAAGGGUUACAAAGCCAUUUCUAAGGCUUUGGGACUUCAGCGAACCACGGUGAGAGCCAUUAUCCACAAAUGGAGAAGACUUGGAACAGUGGUGAACCUUCCCAGGAGCGCAUCGACGACUCAUCCAGGAGGUCAUAAAAGACCCCAGGACAACAUCUAAAGAACUGCAGGCCUCACUUGCCUCAGUUAAGAUCAUGGAGCCAAUGAGUUCACAGGAGACAGCAGACAGUCAGCCACAUUCUGCUGUCUCACUGUCUCCCAAUGUUCCUCCUGCACUGAGAGGUGCUGAGAGUUACCAUGUCUUCAUUAGCUACAGCAGCUCUGACCACCAAUGGACCCACUCCAUCAUCAGCCAGCUGGAGUCCUGUGGCCUGUACGUCUGCUACCACGAGCGUGACUUCACUCCCGGCCGCACCGUGCUGGAGAACAUGUCCCAGUGCAUCCAGGAGAGCCAGAAGGUGCUGCUGGUUCUCAGCCCAGAGUUUGUGAGGAGCCGCUGGUGUCUCCUGGAGGCCAACAUGUCUCUGUUCAGAGACUGUCUGGAGAGGAAGCCCAUCAUCCCAGUGCUGCUGCAGCCGGGAGUCUCGGUUCCUCUCCACCUCUGCCACCUCACCUACCUGGAGGCCAACGACCCCGACUUAAUGAGUAAGCUGCUCAAAGUGCUGUGCACCCCAAACCAGCAGCUUCAAAGCUCCACUGUGAUGCCCUUCCAGCCUCCCUCUAUCUACAAUGGGAAGGCCCUGCAGCCUUUGAUAGCUGCCAAUGAUGAGGGACUCAAUAAAUGGGAUUGUGGUCAGUUCAGUGACAUGGAGGUGCCAGACCAACUGCGUCUGAUCAUUGAGGACCAGGAGAAGUACCGAGAAGCUUUGAGGAUCAUCAACAGCAUCUCUCAAAAUAAAGUGUGGCUCCGCCCACUCUGGCUUAGAGCAGUGAUGUACAUUAUUGGUGUACUAGUGUUUACAGGCCUCAUAGCUAAUUUUGUAUACAUGAUAGGAAAUAAUUGUUUCCUAAACCAAGAACCAGAUGCAUUUUGUUUUGUCAGUAUCUCCAGUUUCAUCAGUGUUCCUUUGGGGCUGAUUAUUCAGCUCUGUCUCUGGAUGAAGGAUGAUGAAAAGUACAUUGUGAGAGAGUUGCAGAAAGCUGUGGGUCAGGCAAACACAAUCCUCGGUGAAGAGAAGCUGUUAAUGGGCUGUCGGUCCAAUUCAAAAAUCUACCUGGUGUAUGUUUCUCUAGAUGGUUGCAAAGAUGAGUUUGCAGAAACCUUUUCUGAGCAGGUUGGUGCUGAGGACAUGUUUCACAGAGCUAUGACCUUCUUCUCAUCAGGUUACGCCUGCUGCCUCGCUAAAAGACACUUUCCUUUUCCUCAUCCCAGCUCCACUGGUCACCUGGAGGGAGGGGUGUGUUUCUGUCAGUACGUCUCCCAGCAGCUCAGCAGGGGAGAAUGGACAUAGGGAGUAAGAAUUUACAAAGAUAUCAACAUGCAUUAAUUGUCCAAUAUAUGUCAGGUAAAUUGUCUCAAAAAAUCACAUUACUAUUUAACACCAAUUAUCAUGCACUCCCUCCAUAAUCCUGAUACACCGGCAACCUGGUGACUUGCAGAGUGAGUGGAGUCAGAUGAGCCACUGAGAGCUGUUAAAGGUGAAGUGACCUAAGUUAUGUAAGAAGCCCUUGGCACAGUAGAACUGAUUCGGUCCCUUUAACUACACCGAAAGCAGAACAGGUGCAAAUUUUCUUUAUCUGCACUUCCUGAGUUUAAGUUCCAUUUGUUUCUCAUCCACACAGUGCGACUACUCUUCAUCGCUGUAUCAUCAAUUGAGUUUUCCAUAGAUCAUGGAGCCAAUGAGUUCACUGGAGACAGCAGACAGUCAGCCACAUUCUGCUGUCUCACUGUCUCCCAAUGUUCCUCCUGCACUGAGAGGUGCUGAGAGUUACCAUGUCUUCAUUAGCUACAGCAGCUCUGACCACCAAUGGACCCACUCCAUCAUCAGCCAGCUGGAGUCCUGUGGCCUGUACGUCUGCUACCACGAGCGUGACUUCACUCCCGGCCGCACCGUGCUGGAGAACAUGUCCCAGUGCAUCCAGGAGAGCCAGAAGGUGCUGCUGGUUCUCAGCCCAGAGUUUGUGAGGAGCCGCUGGUGUCUCCUGGAGGCCAACAUGUCUCUGUUCAGAGACUGUCUGGAGAGGAAGCCCAUCAUCCCAGUGCUGCUGCAGCCGGGAGUCUCGGUUCCUCUCCACCUCUGCCACCUCACCUACCUGGAGGCCAACGACCCAGACUUAAUGAGUAAGCUGCUCAAAGUGCUGUGCACCCCAAACCAGCAGCUUCAAAGCUCCACUGUGAUGCCCUUCCAGCCUCCUCUAUCUACAAUGGGAAGGCCCUGCAGCCUUUGA